CUCGCCUAUGGAAGCUUCCGUUACCGUUAGGCUCGUCGGUUCCACCGCUGCCCUCCACCGCUGCCGCCUCCCUCUCUUCCCUCUCUCCCUCCGAAACCCUAACCCUAGAAUCCUCACUAGAUAUGGCGACCUCUCUCCUAUCCCUCCCCUCCUCCCCUUCCCCUCCUCCCAAGCCCCUUCUCGCCCUCGCACCGCCCUCCGAUCCGCCUGGUUCCCCACUUCGCCGCUCCCUCCCUUCGACUCCCUCCUCUCACUCUCCUUUUCCCCCAUCUUCCCCUCUGUUCCUCCCCAGGAACGCCUCGACUGCUUUAACUCCGCCUCAAAGGAGGGAUUUUUACAGUGGGAUCGGAGUUGGGAGGGCUUGGAUGGAGGGAAUCCAGGGUUCUGCGGGGGAAAGGGGGCGUCCUGGACGGUGGUGCUGCUGGGUUGGCUGGGGGCGGAGCAGAGGUACUUGAAGAAGUACGCGGAGAUGUAUAAUUCUAAAGGGAUUAGGUCGGUGCGGUUCGUUGUGCCGGUGAAGGACGUAGUGGGGCUUGAUUUGGGGAGGAAGGUUGAGGGGAGGAUUGCUGGAUUGGCUCGGGAGCUGGUUUCCUGGUGCUCGGAGAGGGAGGAGGAUGGGAGGGAGCGGUAUUUGCUCUUCCACACCUUCAGCAAUACUGGGUGGCUGGCUUAUGGUCUGAUACUUGAGAAUUUGCGAUCAAGGACUGAUAUUAUUGAGAAGAUCAGAGGUUGUAUUAUUGACUCUGGACCUGCCCCGGAGAUAAGUCCUCAGCAGGUCUGGGCUGCAGGAUUUUGUGCCGCCUUGCUGAAAAAAGGUAGCUUAUUGACAUAUUCUUCAGUGAAAUCUAUGGAAGAAGGAAAACUGAAUGGCGAUGUCAAUAGAUUAAAUACAAAAGACAUCAGACCACGAUUGAUUGAAAUGAUUCUUUUGUCAAUUUUAGAAAAAUUCUUCUCCAUACUUUUGAUGCUUCCAGAUGUAAAUCAGAGGUUGAGCAAGAUCAUCUCCAUUCUAUCAAAGGACCAGCCUCUGUGUCCUCAGCUCUAUCUUUACAGCUCAGCUGAUAUGGAGUUAUCCUCAUAUAUAUUCUGCUAAAGUUUAUGAAUUUAUUAAAGAGUGCUGUUCUGCAACGGUUUGACCUGGCUCUAGAUUACAGAUCCAACUUUAAUUUUGGUUGGGUCUCAUUUCCCAGUAUGCUAUUGAUUUGUUGAAGACCUUAGAGAGUAACAAACACUAUCUUCUUCUGUCUUCUGAGUUAAUGUGACAGGUAAUCUCCAAACCACUUCUGCUUCAUUUUUAUAUGACUUCUCAGUCUAGAUCCUAAAUAUGAGGUCUUUUCUCCUUGUAUUUACCUUUGUUGUGCACCUUUGGUAAAUGGUGAAAGCUAAAAGUCCAGCAUUUUUUCAGAUCCAUGCAUUUUAUUCUCAAAAUUCAGUGAGCAUUUCUUUAUUUUAUGAAAAUUUGAUUCAUUGUCACUUAGUUCAUUGAGAUUCUUGGCUUGGAUCUUAAUUGUGAGAUGUUCUUCAAAAUUCUUUACAUAGCCUUGUUCAUAUUUCUCCCCUUCGAUAAAUAGGUCGUGACAUGAAUUUUCAGCGAUUUUGGAUAUAAUGAAGCAAGUGAAAACCAUUAAGUUAUUUUCACUUCUGUUUUUGAGAAAAAAAUGUAACUGUUACAAUGUUGUUACUUCAGUAUUAUCGGUUACAUCAGUUCUACAUUGUGAUGGAGAAACAGAGAAAACUAGGGAGACCAUAGUAAAUUCCAAGGUAAAUUUGUUACUUUUGUUCUGACAGUAACUUUCUUAGUUUGAUCAGGUGAACAUUCCUCAUUUCAAACAUCAACAAUGUUCCCAUGCUGGGGGAUUGGAGGCCAACAAGGGUUCACAGGGAUCAAAGCUGGGAAUUCAUGGAUUAGCUUCUGAAAUGAUUUCGUACUUGCUUUUGUCCUUGGAGGGGGUUCGCCCCUCUCUUUCCCUUAAAAAACUACCAAUGUGACUUUGAUUUCUUGUGGAUACGGUCAGAUGGAUAUCCUCUUUGUAUUUAAUCUACUGUAUCCAUAUUCAGGUGGUGUUGCACUGGAAUUUGAGUGACACAUUGGAUUUUUAGCAUUUGGGAGCACAUUAUUGUCAAAUUGGCUGGAUUUGUCCUCGC